GGGGGAGGGGACGAUUCGGUGCGGUUAUCGAGUGACGCUUGGAAUGUGUUGUCCUGUUGCAGGGAGUAUUUUUGGGCCAGUUUAUUGGAGCCGAGGCGAGCGCCGAGAGCGGAUGGGUGGUGGUGAUGAGUGAGGAAUUAUUUUUCUUUUUCUCUUUUCCUCAGUCACUGGUGGCAAUCUUGCAUCGUCACUUUUGCCAUUGGUCGGUAGAAUUGAGCGCGCAACACGUCAUGCAUUGGGAUUGAGGUCUUCAUCUUAAGACUCGUCCGUCAUGCUGUGUUCUUGAGCAUAAUUGACAAUUAAGUGCUGGGCACAGCUUAGGGAGGGUGGCGUAGAGUGGAACACGGGGGAGAACCGGGCACUAGUAGCUCAGUACCUGCCAGAAAGAAAAACACAGCGACUGAAAGACAGACAGACACACAAACAAACAGACAGUGUAUGUGCGAUGGACUGAGCGAGGGAGAGUGAGGAAGAAGCUGGGUCAGUCACAGAGAUAGAUACAGAGAGAGAGAGAGAGGGGGGAGAGAGAGAGAGAAGAAAUAUGUCGCAUGCUCAUGUAGUUGGAGAGGAGGAAGAAGCUUGGGCAGAGGAUGAUCAACCUGUGAGCUGAUGUGAUCCACGGCGAAGCUCGAGAGAAUUGGGAUCGGUCAGAAUUUGUGCAUGAGUAGACUGUGAGCUAUCCGUGCUGGUUGGUGAAUUGAAUGAAUGCUGGAUGGGAGUGUUUUUUGCUCCUCAUGGAAUCGGAGAGCUGCUGGAGAUCGAUCUUGGUUAGGCCGCGUUGAGCUCGAGGCGACCUUUGAAGGUGAUGGAAGCGGCUGGGUCAGUGUUCGGAAGGGAUGACAGAGCUGGUGUGUCUCUUAGACGGCGGUCGUGGGGAUUAUCCUCAACGGCCAGGAAUGUUCACCUUUUUUAUUCCUGGAAAUUGCACGAUGAUCUGUAGAACCUAGGGAUAAUGACCAGUGAACGAGGAGGAGACAGAGUUGAGAGAUUUUAGCUAUGGAGAACGUCAAUGGUGGUGGCAUCAACAUUGGUUCAUAUGGCACAAGCACCGGUAACGAGUAUUCUCUCACCGAUUACAAGGUGGGGAAGACUAUUGGCCUUGGUUCGUUCGGCAAAGUGAAGAUGGCAGAGCAUAGUCUCACGGGUCAAAAGGUGGCUAUCAAAAUACUUCAUCGCAGGAAGAUCAAGGAACAAAACAUGGACGAAAGAGUGAAACGGGAGAUAAAUAUACUGCGCUUGAUCAUGCAUCCCCACAUCAUUCGCCUCUACGAAGUCAUUGAAACGCCAACUCAUAUCUUCCUUGUCCUGGAGUAUUUGAAAUCUGGGGAACUCUUCGAUUACAUUAUUGAAAAGGGUCGUCUUCCUGAAGGUGAAGCUCGGAGGCUUUUUCAACAGAUUCUCUCGGGUGUGGAGUAUUGCCAUAGCAACAUGGUUGUGCACAGGGACUUGAAGCCAGAAAACCUCUUGCUGGAUUCAACAUGGAAUGUAAAGAUUGCUGAUUUUGGACUCAGCAAUAUCAUGCGUGACGGCCAUUUUUUGAACACCAGCUGUGGAAGUCCAAAUUAUGCUGCUCCUGAAGUGAUAUCAGGCAAGCUCUAUGCAGGGCCAGAGGUCGACGUAUGGAGCUGUGGUGUCAUACUGUAUGCACUUUUGUGUGGAACUUUGCCCUAUGACGACGAGAAUAUCCCCACACUGUUUCGAAAAAUCAAGGGUGGGAUCUACACUCUUCCAAGUUAUCUCUCAACUGGAGCUAAGGAUCUUAUCUCCCGCAUGUUGUUAGUCGACCCCGUGAAACGAAUUACCAUUCCAGAAGUUCGACAGCACUCAUGGUUUCAAACCAAUCUACGAUGUUGUCUUAAUGGUUCACAGGGUGUUAUGGCCCAGCAUAUAAAUUGCAUUGACGAAGACAUUGUUAAAGAGGUGGUAAGCUUAGGAUUCCAAAAACAUCAAGUCAAGGACGCAUUGAGGAGGAGAGUGACAAGCAAGGCAACUGUAACUUACUAUCUCCUUCUAGACAACAGACGAUGUAGUUCAAAUGGGCGACCUAGAGAUCAAAAUGAUGACGACAAGGAAACAUCUGUAAAUACAGGUAGUGUUGUCAGAGCAGGGUUACCUCUUCGAUGCAUACAUGCAGAGGGCCUGUCAACAGGAGGUCAGAGCUGGGUAUUGGGAUUCAAGACCCCAACGACUCCCAGAGAUAUUAUGACAUUCAUGCUAAAGAGCUUUCAAGAACUAGAUGUACACUGGAAGAAGAUGGGACCGUAUACAGUCAAAGGUAGAUGGAAUACGUCACUGUUUAGGUGUUCCACCGCAACAAUGAGGUCUGUUGACAACGGGUACAAGCCUCCAUUGAUUAUGAAUGGGGCAGGUUCACAUUGUAACGGAAAUGCUUCAAUCGACGAAAGACAGGAACUUAUUGUCAACUUUGAAACACAGCUUUAUCUGACGAAGGAUGACAAUUACCUUCUCGAUCUACAAUACCUUCAUGGACCCGACAUGGUUUUUUUGGAAUUCUGUUAUGAAUUUCAGAGAAAAAUCUGGUCUGCUGGAAUUUAAUCAUCACUGAGGACGUUUAUUCUCCUAAAGGAGAGCCUCAACAAUUUUGCUUGGAGAUAAGGUUGCCUCCGGCGUGAUGACUGUUGACAAUACUGUUGGAAGGCAUUUGAGGUUCUUGCAUUCGCACAAAUGGUUUUUGGAACAACCACCAUUUUAAUAUCAAGGGCUUAGGGUAUUGAACUCGGUUGCCAAGUGUGAAGGUUGCUUAGAAUCAUAGCAUUUUGCAGUGGUCCACUAAUAGCAGAGAGUGCGUCUUGGAUUUACACCGAAUCUGCUGAGAAUUUACUGGUUGUAGCUUUGACCAGUCCUUGCCUAUGCCCUUUCACUUGUAGACAAUUCCAUAUCAGCUAAUGUCUAACGUUGAAGGUCUAAUGCAAUAGAAGCUUUUGUAGAAGGUGAUACAUGUAGAAUAUAAUCAGGUUUGUGGGUUAGUGAGACUGUGCUUCUACUGGUCGAUUCAGAUUUUCCCAGCUGUGGCAGAGCGGACAUAUUUGAUAUUUAACCGAAGUAUCUGCCCAAGCAGUCCUUCAGAAAACAAACUUUGAAUAUGACGAAGACGAUACCGAUAGAUCUCCAACAAAGGCAGUUACCUAUGAACGGUUUAAGGAUUGCUAACAGCACAACCGAUAUACCUGUGAAGUUUAUGAGAAGAUUCAAUUGGGGACACUAGAAUUGAUCGAAGUCAGCAAUUUGAUCGAAAGCUAAGAGUAAGUAGAGAGCUAAUGUUUUACCAUGAGCCCACCAAUGUCAUGAUAAAUAAAAUAAAAACGCGUGAUAUUUGCAUUAAAAACACUGAGAAGAAGUGAAGGAGGAGAGAACAACUAGGGUACUCAAUGUGCCUACUCUUAAAUGUAGGUGUAGAUGAACAACAAUCGUGGUUCAUCUGAAUGUUUGACAUGAACCCAUUGUCAGGAAGUCUGUCUAUAUUGUACUUAGCCAACCGCUGUGACGUGGUUCAAUGUAACUUGAAAGAGACA